GGAACACACAGGCCCAGUCAGCAUGGCUAAAGUGUAUUGAAGGCAGCAUCUCAGCACUUCUAACUACUCUUCUAGGAUUAGGCUGAAGUAAGGCACUGGUUUUCAACUAGGAUGACCUACUCUCCCAGUUUGCCUGGUACUAAGGAGUUACCUGAAACAUACAACUUUCAGUUUUAAAGUUAGAAAAGUCCCAGGAAGAGUGGGAUGGGUUAGCCAUUGUAUUCUUAACCCUGGCUGCCCAUUAGCCUCACAUAAAGAGCCUCUCAUUUAGAGAUUCUAAUUUAAUUGACUGAGGUAGGGUCCUAAGUAGACAUUUUUUUAAAGCUCCCAAGUGGAUUCUAACAAACUUAUAGAAUUGCAAACCACUAGUUUAUAGGCCACAUGGCUAAGUAACCAUUGAAGUUGGUAAUUUUUCAGCUGAAGUGGCACAUACUUCUCUCUAAAGUGUAUAUGACCAAGUGUGGUGGUAUUCUUCUUAUCCAAAGGGUUAUCAAAAUGACAAUUAUUCUCAUUGCUAUUAUCUUUCUGUGCCCAAGACCUUUCUCACCAGCAAGGACCAAGCUGUCUUUCCUAACAUGGUUUGGUACCCCUUCUUCCAAGGCUCUAAGGAUCAUGUGGUAUGUCAGCACCAGGGGGAUGGCCCCACGUGUUGACUUUGAGGGGGCCCUGUUCUCUGGCUAUGCACCUGAUGGGGGCCUCUUCAUGCCUGAGAAACUCCCCCAGCUGGACAGGGAGACCCUGUGUCGGUGGAGUGCACUCUCCUACCCUAGCCUGGUGAUGGAGCUGUGCGCCCUCUUCAUUGGUCCUGAGCUCAUUCCCAGAGAUGACUUAAAUGACCUGAUCCAUCAAGGCUUCAGCAGAUUCCGCCACAGAGAAGUGGUCCAUUUGUCCAGGUUGAGAAACGGGCUGAAUGUGUUGGAGCUGUGGCAUGGGGCCACAUAUGCGUUUAAGGACCUGUCCCUGUGCUGCACAGCACAGCUUCUGCAAUACUUCUUGGAGAAGAGAAAGAAGCACGUCACUGUCGUUGUAGGAACUUCUGGGGACACAGGGAGUGCUGCCAUUGAAAGUGUUCAAGGGGCAAAGAAUGUGGACAUCAUUGUUCUCCUGCCCAAGGGGCACUGCACAAAGAUCCAGGAGCUCCAGAUGACCACAGUGUGGAAGGAGAAUGUCCGUGUGUUUGCAGUGGAGGGAAACAGCGAUGAACUUGACAAGCCAAUCAAGGCUGUGUUUGAGGAUGUGGCUUUUGUCAAGAAGCAUAAUCUGAUGAGUCUGAAUUCAAUCAACUGGUCCCGGGUCCUUGUGCAAAUGGCUCACCACUUCUUUGCUUACUUCCAGUGUGUGCCAUCCCUAGAUGUGCACCCACUGCCUCCUGUGGAAGUGGUUGUGCCAACAGGGGCCGCUGGUAACCUUGCAGCUGGGUGCAUUGCUCAGAGGAUGGGCCUGCCCAUCCGCCUGGUUACAGCAGUGAAUUGCAAUGAUAUCAUCCAUAGGACUGUCCAGCAUGGAGACUUCUCUCUGUCUGAGACCAUCAAACCAACCCUAGCAUCAGCUAUGGACAUUCAGGUGCCCUACAACAUGGAGAGGAUCUUCUGGCUGCUAUCUGACUGCAACAGUCAGGUAACAAGAGCCCUCAUGGAGCAGUUUGAAAGGACCCAAAGUGUGCAUCUACCUAAGGAACUACAAAGCAAGCUUUCAGCAGCAGUGACAUCUGAGUCAGUGUCGGAUGAGACCAUCACCCAGACCAUGGUCCGCUGCUGGGAAGAGAACCAGUACUUGCUGUGCCCUCACUCGGCAGUGGCUGUGAGCUACCAUUACCAGAAGUUGCAUAGGCAGCCAUCCAGCACUCCCAGGUGUUGUCUGGCCCCAGCCUCUGCAGCCAAGUUCCAAGAAGCUGUCCUGACUGCUGGGCUGACCCCAGAAAUUCCCUCAGAGAUCUUAGCCCUGGAGAGAAAGGAGACACGCUGUACCCUAAUGAGGAAGAGUGACGACUGGAUGCUGAUGCUUCGGGACACAAUUGAAGACAUGAGCCAACAGUGGAGGGAUCGCUUCCUGAAUGCUGCAGAAUAGCCAGACUGGAGUUGGCGUCCUUUAGAUUUCAGACUCUGGGGUGGGGUGGCAGUGCCCUCUGUGCUAUCUUAAGCACCUUCUCCCUAUAAGUGUUGAUGUAGGAGGUUCCCAGGAGGCUGUGCAGUGGGGUCUGGAGCUAGUGGCUUUGCUCGGUUCCAUGGCUGCUUGCUCUGUGUUCUCACCUGGUGCUGUGGUACCUAGUCACCAGGAAGGCUGGACUGGUGUGCAUGGUCACUGGAGGGGCACCCCAACUGCUGGACAGUGCAGGGAGCAUCGCUGCUGCAUGGGAAAGUUUUAGGACCUGCACAGGAAGAGCUUUGGGCGCAGAGUCAACCUUGGCUCCAGGGUUUAGGACCCUAGACCCUAAAACCUUUGCAGGUGGGGCCCGUACACUCCAUUUGCACAGGUCUGAGGCUCACAGUGCCUGAGUCUGUUUAUCCAGAGGUCUGGGCCUGUCCUGUAAGAGGCUACUACCCUGUUGAAAUGUCAGAAUCUCUAGAAUACAAGUGCACGUCCAGUAUGAUGGUGACUGUAUGGCCUGUGGGCCAGGGACAGUGGCUGCUGAGGGGUGAUGGUGAUACUAUGGUGUGUCCUACAUCUACCAGUUGUUUCAGAUUGGCCUAGCAUUGAGGGGGCAGCAGAGCAGGCAGUGGGGCACAGGUGGUGGUGAACAGAGGUGAGAUGUGGGAUCACCAGGUCUAGCCAUGUGGGAAAGUGUGCUCCUCAAGGUGCGAACUGAGUCAGGUUGCCUUGUUGCUCAUAUGUUGGUUCACCUGCUCAUAUAUCAGUUUACCAGGACGUGUGACAUACCAGCAAAAAGGAGUGAUCUCUCUUGACUACUAAAUAAAGUCCAGAUGCCUAUAUUUCCAUAGGUACCAUCAGAAUCACAAUGCCCCAAGAAAUCAAAUCGUUCUUUUCUCUGAAAACAUGACUCAUGCUUUCCCCUCUCCAUGCCUCCAAACUUUCACUUGUCUGGGCCAAAGACCCACAGACUACUUGCGUUUUGGCUCCUGUGUCUUGUUUGCUGUGGGCCCUCAUUAGCCCAUCUGUAAAUAAUGAUUUUUGUAUUUGAUUCUGAGGACUUUAUUUGCAAAUAAUUUUCUUCCACAGUGCAGUAUGAUUUAUUUUCACAAAGGCGUGCUUUCUUGCUCCCACUAUUUUUAUGUUCUAGCCCUGCAUUGUCCAGUUUGGUGGCCCCUAGCCAUGUGUGACUGUUGAGUAUUUGAAAUGUGAAUAGUAUAACUAAGGAACUGAAUUUUAAAUUUUAUUUAAUUUUAAUUUACAUUUAAAUUUCAAAACUUACUUGAUUGAGUUGUUGGACACCUUUUAAGUGUGAUUGGGAAAAUGCUGGUAUGUAAAUCUACUAUUUCAGCUGUAAAUUUUAUGAAGUGCAUAAAACACAGAUAACUAUUCCUAAUGAAGUUAGAGAACUAAAUUCGAACACUGAGAUAUGUCAUAACUGUAAAAUACAUAUUCAACAUUACAGAAUUCAAAUGGAAAAAAUGUAACAUCAAAAAUUUUAUCUUGAAUACUGAUGAAGAUAAUAUUUUGGUGUUUUGGGUUAAAUAAAAUAUCAAACUGA